AACUUUGAUUUGAAAUUUCAAAACUAUAUAAACCACUCACACCUCUGAAGUCUGAACCCUCUCUCCUGUUCCCCCGUCUCCUCUUCUUCUUCUUUGCUUAUUAAUUUGGGGGCAGGGUAAAAUCAAGGUGUGUUUUCCAGGAAGAAAGCAAAAAUGCAAGCUAGAACCCUCCACCUCAUUUCUCACUCUCUCUCUUCUCAACCUUGUUGUCUCUUCUCCACUACUCCUCCACCUUCUUCCUCUCUCUUCUUCAACCACACACCUCGAUUUCCGAGCUCACGCUCACGCUGCUUCUCCUCCUCCUCAGCUUCAAUACGACGCCGUCCGAUUCGCCCUGUAAUCGCCUGCAUUGGUGAUGGCGGGGCCGGAACGGACGCCAUUUCGAGGUCUGGAGAAGCUGCGGAGGUUAAAGGAGGAGAGUUGGAGAGUCAGAGUAUAUGGAAUCAGAUGAAGGAGAUUGUCAUGUUUACUGGGCCGGCUACCGGGAUCUGGAUCAGCGGCCCACUUAUGAGUCUCAUCGACACCGUCGUCGUCGGUCAGGGAAGCUCCAUUGAGCUUGCCGCAUUAGGUCCUGGAACUGUAAUGUGCGAUAAUAUGAGCUAUGUUUUCAUGUUCCUUUCUAUUGCAACUUCCAAUAUCGUCGCUACUUCCCUUGCAAAAGGGGAUAAAAAUGAAGUGCAACAUCAUAUAUCCACCUUGCUCUUUGUUGCAUUGACCUGUGGCUUCUUAAUGCUUUUAUUUACAAGAUUCUUCGGCUGUUGGGCACUGACUGCUUUUACUGGAUCAAAGAACAUACAUAUUAUUCCAGCAGCAAAUACAUACGUUCAGAUACGGAGUUUGGCAUGGCCUGCAGUUCUUGUUGGUUGGGUUACCCAGAGUGCAAGUCUUGGCAUGAAAGAUUCAUGGGGUCCUUUGAAGGCCUUAGCUGUAGCCAGUGCUAUUAAUGGCGUUGGUGAUAUACUACUCUGCAGCGUUUUAGGCUAUGGUAUUGCUGGUGCAGCAUGGGCGACAAUGCUAUCACAGAUUGUUGCAGGAUACAUGAUGAUUGAAACUUUGAACAAGAAAGGAUACAACUCUUAUGCUAUUUCUGUUCCCUCACCCAAAGAACUUCUAACACUAAUUGGGCUUGCUGCUCCAGUGCUGGUGACAAUGAUGUCCAAGGUUGCUUUCUACUCGCUCAUUGUAUAUUUUGCAACAUCUAUGGGCACAUAUACAAUGGCUGCUCAUCAGGUCAUGAUUCAAACAUUCAUGAUCUGUACGGUGUGGGGCGAACCUCUCUCUCAAACUGCACGGUCAUUUAUGCCUCAGUUGAUAUAUGGAGUAAAUCGUAGUUUGCCCAAGGCUCGAAUGUUGCUCAAGUCACUUGUCAUCAUUGGAGCAAUCCUUGGUUUGGCUCUUGGAACUGUUGGAACAUCUGUUCCAUGGUUGUUUCCUAACAUCUUUACACCUGAUCAGAAGAUCAUACAGGAGAUGCACAAACUACUGAUACCAUUUUUUUUGGCAUUGGCUGUGACACCCGCCAUUCUCAGCUUUGAGGGAACAUUGCUGGCUGGACGAGAUCUUAGAUUCAUUAGUCUAUCAAUGAGUAGCUGCUUCUCUUUAGGUGCACUUCUGCUGCUGCUUGUGAGUAGCCGAGGAUGUGGUUUAGUAAGCUGCUGGUGGACACUUGUAGCAUUUCAAUGGGCUCGGCUUUUCCUUUCUUUACGGCGCCUUAUAUCACCUGAUGGCAUACUCUACUCUGAAGAUAUGAGCCGGUAUAAACUGGAAGAAGUCAGAGCUGUAUAGUUUAGGAAUCUCACGAGUGAUAAGCAUACAAGAUAAAUGGUUGCAUCUUGGUAAGGGUCAAAGUUCAUGUAUUAAUGUCAUCCUUAUACGAAGUAUCCAAAGAUGAAGUCGACACUAGUCCUUUAUUUGCAACAAGGCAGAGAGCACGACCAAAUGUGGAGUCAAGAUACACCGAGCACAUGGAAACAACAUAUGGCGUCAAGAAAUUAAUCUCAAAUAGCUGCUGGUUCGCUUUGGAUCAAUUGUUGUAAUUGUUCUGUAUGUUACAAAAUUCAGUCCUAAAGUCCAAGCAAUUCAAGGCUCAUUCUUCUAUCGAACUA